UGAAGAAAUGGCAAGAAAUGAUGAGAAUGUAGUCCCAACACAACCAGAAAGAAAACCUAAAUCUGAACCUUCCCGAACUUCAUCUGGCAGGAAGCUUCCUGCUCCAGACAUUCCAACUAAGCAGGCAUCUUCUGAGGGAGAGAAUGUAACCCCUGAAGGAGACUCUGGGAUACAAAAAGCUCAUGAAGAAAUGGCAAGAAAAGAUGAGAAUGUAGUCCCAACACAACCAGAAAGAAAACCUAAAUCUGAACCUUCCCGAACUUCAUCUGGCAGGAAGCUUCCUGCUCCAGACAUUCCAACUAAGCAGGCAUCUUCUGAGGGAGAGAAUGUAACCCCUGAAAGAGACUCUGGGAUACAAAAAGAUAAUGAAGAAAUGGCAAGAAAAGAUGAGAAUGUAGCCCCAACACAACCAGCAAAAAAACCUAAAUCUGAACCUUCCCGAACUUCAUCUGGCAGGAAGCUUCCUGCUCCAGACAUUCCAACUAAGCAGGCAUCUUCUGAGGGAGAGAAUGUAACCCCUGAAGGAGACUCUGGGAUACAAAAAGCUCAUGAAGAAAAGGCAAGAAGAGGUGAGAAUGUAGUCCCAACACAACCAGAAAGAAAACCUAAAUCUGAAUCUUCACAAACUUCAUCUGGCAAGAGGCUUCCUGCUCCAGACGUUCCAACUAAGCAGGCAUCUUCUGAGGGAGAGAAUGUAACCCCUGAAGGAGACUCUGGGAUACAAAAAGCUCAUGAAGAAAUGGCAAGAAGAGGUGAGAAUGUAGUCCCAACACAACCAGAAAGAAAACCUAAAUCUGAAUCUUCACAAACUUCAUCUGGCAAGAGGCUUCCUGCUCCAGACGUUCCAACUAAGCAGGCAUCUUCUGAGGGAGAGAAUGUAACCCCUGAAGGAGACUCUGGGAUACAAAAAGCUCAUGAAGAAAUGGCAAGAAAAGAUGAGAAUGUAGUCCCAACACAACCAGAAAGAAAACCUAAAUCUGAACCUUCCCGAACUUCAUCUGGCAGGAAGCUUCCUGCUCCAGACAUUCCAACUAAGCAGGCAUCUUCUGAGGGAGAGAAUGUAACCCCUGAAGGAGACUCUGGGAUACAAAAAGGAAACCAAAAAGUACUCCCAAGAGAUGUACAUCAAAAAGGAUUGCCAAAAGCAGAUGAGAAUAAAACCCCAUUGGCACCAGAAGAGACACAAAAAUCUGAAUUUUCCGAAACUUUACUUGGAAAAAAGCAUCCUGCAUCAAAUAUUCCAUCUGAACAGCAACAUUCAAAGAGAGAAAUGCUCACCUCUGAAGGGGACUCUUUAACAGAAAAAGAGAAUGAAAGCAGCUUAGAAAAGAAUCCACCUGUGGAGUUACACAAAGAUACCUCUACAGGGACAUAUUUCAAAGUAUGUGGAUCUAAAAGCAGUGAAAAUGAAGCAAAAGAAAGUGAUGAUGAAGAAAAAUUACAAACAACAGGUCCUAGUACGACAACGAGAUCUGAUGUUUACAACAAUGAUUUGAGCAAGAAACCAAAGCAUAUGUCAAAGAGAGAAGAAACUUCAAAAAUUGUCUUCACAUUUAGAUCAGGAAAAGAAGACUCAAAAAAAUAUCCAUGUGAUUAUUAUAAUUUCAAGAAAUGGUCUUUCUUCAUGACAGAAAAAGAGACAAAAAAUAUUAUUAAAAAACAUUUGAAAGAUCUGCAAAGUGAAAUAAAACUUAAAACAUCUGGGUACAUCAUGGUUGAAUUCAGCUCAGAAUCCCAUGAAAAGGAUUUUGAUCAGUGGGUUGAAAAAUGCUUAAAGUUAACAGAUGACUGCUUCAAAGAUCUACAGCUGCUUGUUAUCAAAGGGCCAUCUGAAGAAAUUCAAGAUAUUUCUGGAAAAGUUAAACAAUCUGCUUUAGUUAUUGAUGGUUUUGUUUCAGCAUUUGAAGAGAGGGAUAUCUGUGGAGUUUUUCUUUUAGGCAGAGGAGAAAAUGUGAUAGACCUACUUUUAGACCUGCAAAGACACAUGAAAAAUGCUACUUUAUGGAGUCCUGAGAGCAACGAAGAAAUUUCAUAUCAUAUAUUUGAGUGCAGCCCAUUGCAGUGGCGUCUUUUCAAGGUUUUCGAUAGAAUAGAACAGGCAGUUGAAAUCUUCCCACAAGUUAAGAUAUACAAGUGUGAUAUGAGAGUCAAGGUGAUUGGGAAUAAAAAAGAAUGUGCUGAUGCCAUCAAGUUUUUGUCAAAUAAUUACUGGUUGAAAGAUAUUAAACCUGAAGUAUGCAAAGGCUUUGAAGGCUUUGAAUUCUUUUUAUCCAGAGAAAAUGUUCAGGCUUUUAUUGAUAGUAGAAUAAGAUGUAAUGGCACAUGGGCAGUCAGUGAAUUAGCAGAACUUCCCAACACAAAAAUUCUACUUAUAUAUGGGAAAACAGAUGAGGAGAAGAAAGAGAUAGCAAAAGUUUUGCAAGAAUCCAUCAGAUGGAAAAAAUACUCCAUCACGUAUUCACCAGAAAUAGAGCAUUUCAAGCAAUGGUGCACAAAAGAAGCCGGCAAACUUGAAGAAAGUUCAGAAAAGAAAUUUACUAUGAAGAUCAGCAAAGAGGAAAAACCAGCUAAACUUGAGGUUGUGUUUGUCUAUACAAUGGAUCUUGAAGAUAAUGAAAGUUUGAAAAUGUUUAUGAAUGAAGCUGAGGCAAAAAUAUCAACUAAAUAUACCUGGCAUCUGGACCAAAAAGCAUUCAAAUGGAUUCAAACCUUCCACAAGGAAGAACUUCAAGAAGAAGCGAGGAAGAAUGAGAUUGCCUUAAGAUUUUUGAAAAGAACGGUUGAAAUUGAAAUGACAGGUUCACCCACAGCUUUGAAAGAAAUGCAAAAGUAUAUUGCUUCAAUAUGUAUGAAAGAACAGCAUAUUUUGCUACCCAUUGAAGCUAUGCCUCCUGAAGUGAAGAAAUUUCUUUCAGAAAAUCAAUGCUUCUAUGAGUAUUCUCCAGAUAAACAUGCUAGAUAUUGGAUCAGAGGAAAGACAGCUUUUGUUCUCCACAAUGGCAAAGAGGAUGAUGUAUUUGCUGAUGUGUAUGUCAAGUCACAACAGCUUGAAAAUACAGAUAAGAACUUUGAAUGGCCUGAGCCAGAUGAGAGAACUGCUUUCAUGAAAUAUCCAUUAUGGCAAGAAGGGGAGAAUAGAGAAAAACAUAAAAUGGACAGUGUUUUAGUGCCUUUCUUCCAAGAGGUCACCAAAUACAAGAAAAAGUCAGUGAGCUUUGAUUUGAAGGAUAAUCACACAUGGCCAGUUCAAAAAUUUGUUAAGCGUAUCAUAGACUGUGCACCAAAACCCCCAGAUGGCUUGAUAAUUAUACUGUGUCAUUCUGAUGAAGCAGAAUUCCAAAAUGUAGUCAGUUGUAUUGAAGAAGUGGAAUCCAAAAGGACUGAAAAAGAAGGGUUGCCAAAGAUCAAGUUUCAAGUCAUUAAGGGAAAGAUAGCAGAGCUUGAAGAGGAGGUUGAUGUGAUAGUUAACACAACAGCCUUGAAUUUAGAUCUUACAAGUGGGGCAGUCUCAAAAUCCAUACUGAAUGCUGCUGGAAAUGAUCUGAAAUCAGAAAUUGCUAAAAUUCCAAUUAUUAGCAAAACAGGUCAUAUUAACAAAAGGAUUGAUUAUGGAGAUGUCCAAGAAACUAAAGGAUACAGAUUAAAAUGCAAAAAGAUUUUCCAUGGUGCACUUUUCCCUUGGAAUGAUGGAAAUGAUAAAGCUUUGAAAAUUCUUGAACAAUUUGUGAAAGCAUGCAUAAAUGGGGCAGAUAGAGGGAUGUUUAAAACAAUGGCAUUUCCUGCUAUUGGCACUGGGCAGCUAAAAAUACCCGCAGAGGAAGUGGCAAAUUGUGUGAAAAAAGUAGUUGAUGAGUAUGCUGCUUCACACAAUGAAACACACAUAGAGAAAAUCAUGUUUGUCAUUUAUGAAAAGGAUGAAGAAAAUUUCAGGGUUUUCAAAAGAAUUUUGGAGGAAAGCAAAGAUUGUGUCCAAAAAGCGAAAAUUCCCCCACUAUACAGAAUGUCUGUUUGUGGGGAGGAACAUAAUAUAAUUGGUGCAAUGAAUUUACUGGAGGGCUUAUUUCAUGAGCACAUUAUACAAAAUUAUGAGAUGGUUAAACAUGCACAGAAGGGGGAAGCCAUUGUGACACCAAAACCAGAGAGAAAUGAUGAAGUUCAGCCAAAGGAAAACAUAGGAAGUGAAAGGGACAUUUCUGAGCAACCUGCAGCAGUAUCUAAGGAGGACCAAAGGCUUGCUGUUCCACAUGAGGACCAAUUUUGUCUGAUCUUGAGUAGUAAAGAUGGGGGCAUUUUAUCAGAGAAGAAUAUUGGACCUCUAAUGAAAGAUGUGGAAUGUGAAAAUAUUAUUUGUCCUUUUCUAAAAGAUGGAUGUGCAUUGAUCAGAUUCAAAUCUGUGAAAGAUGCAGAAACAUUUUUUAAUAAGUUUUCAAAUGAACAAUUUGACUUGAGGAAAAUUCCCAACCAGGCAAUAAAUAAUGUGAAAGCAAAGCUAUGUUCCAAUGUAAUAAGCAUUUUAGAAAGAAACGGAAUUACAUCAAAGGAUUUCAAAAGAAAGACAGGAGCAUGUAUUUGUAUGGAUACUUGGACAGUUGGUGGAAAUCUGCUUAUGAUUCAGAAUGGAGAGAAGUUUAUUAAGGAGCUUGUAGUCAAAGAGACAGAAACUGUUCCUGUCAGCAGAAAACUGGAAAAUAACUUGGCAAGUGAACCUAAGUUGGGCACAGUUGUGCCUAGAAAGUGUACAAAGAUGUGCACUGAAUAUCAAGAGAAAGCUCUGAGAGAAUUAUUUCCUGAUUUGCCUUUCAGAAAUGUUGAGUUAACUGUAAAAAAAGGUGAAGGGAUGAAGCUGAUCCGAGGCUCAGAGAAAAAUGUGAAAAUAUUUGAGAAAGCCCUUGAUGAACUUGAAUAUGAAGAAAUAUCUCCAGUUACUGAGAAGCAAUGCAAAGAAUUAAUGGAAAUAAAAUUCGAGGGUGUUUCUGUUUCUUUUCAAGAAGAUAAAAAAAGCAUGAUAAUUUUUUCCAGGAUUUCUGAAGUUCUUAAGAAAUGUCUUGCACAAUAUCAGAAAUCACUACAAGACUCAAUUGAGAUACCUGUAAAUGAUUUUAACGCUAUUGUUUACUUUGAGAAAUCUUUAUGUCAGGAAUUUCCAAAGAAAGAUGAUAAAGUGAUCAUAUCAGGUCCAAGAUCUAUGGUAGAGAAGUACAAAGCUGCAUUGGCUUAUGCAAGGGUUAAUUAUACUACACAGCGUGUCAUCAUAAGUGAAAAUGUCAAAGAUGAAGCAGAAAUGUUCAUUUCAAGUUUUUCAAGUCAAAAUGAUAAUAUUUAUAUUAGAUUAGAAGGAAUGGUGGUUUUCAUCACAAGUCCAAAUAAAAAUGAAGUCUUUAAAGCAAAACAAGAAGUAGAUCACCACAUUGACAAGAUCAGGAAAAACAAAAUAAAGUUUGAUUCCAAGAAAGGAAGUGGGAGGGCAGAGAGCACAAAUGAAACAGCAGAAAGAAAUAAACCAGAUGUUAUCCAUGAAGAGAAGGGAAUUAAAGUGUUUACUCUUAAUUUUGAUUUUAUGAGAGUAAAUGUGGAUGUCAUUGUAAAUCCCUCAGAUGAAAAGCUUCAUUCAAAAUCAGGAUUGUCUUAUCACAUUUGCAAAGUGGUUGGUCAUGAAGUGCAAGACAAGUGUACUAAAUUCAUUAAAGCUCAAAGAGAUGGCAUACUCCCCAUUGGAAAAACUUUUGUCACAGAUGGAGGAAAAAAGGAACAUUUACUAAAAAUCAUUCAUGUGAAUAUACCAAGAUGGGAGAAUUAUGCAGAUACAGAGAAUCCAUGUGAAGCAUGUUUAAAGGACAUUAUAUCCACAGUUCAGGCCUGCUUGUUUGAACCUGAGCUUGAGGGUGCAAUGUCCAUUGCAAUCCCAGCAAUAAGUGCUGGUGAGAUAGGCUCAGUUCCACUUCAAGUCUGUUGUAGUGCAUAUGCCAAAGCUGUUCUGUCUUUUAUUGAUGUACAACCAAAGAGGAAUAAAAGUAAACUGAAGGAAAUUUACUUUGUUGACAGAGACUAUGUAAAACUUAACAGCAUAAAGCUUGCAUUUCAUCAGAAACAGCAUUGGGUUUUUCACAAGAGCAGCAAUGAUAAAGAUUAUUAUCUUGGCUCUGGAUUGGUGGUUAAAAUUUUUCCUGCAAUGGCCAUCCUCACCCAUGCAGAUGCACUGGUUGUUCAACAAGAUAAAGAUUUCAAAAGUGAACGACAUAUAGCAAGCGAACUAAAAAAAUGCAAAUGCACUAAAUAUGAAAAGCAGGUGGCAUCAGUUAGAGGGAGAUAUGUUAAAGAUGGAAGUGUCAAGUCUACUUGCGCCCCAGAAAGCCUAAAAAAUAUCAAGAAAGUUCUGCAUGUUAAAUCUCCAAUCUGGAACCAAACAAGGAAGCAAAACAUAGAAAAGCAUAUACAAGAACUUGAAAAUUGCAUCAAAAAUUUACUAAAAGAGGCUUCAGUUCAAAAGCUAGAGAGCAUUAUUAUUCCAAUAUUUGGCGCAGGCGUACAUGAUGACACACUUAAGAAGAGGGUGUUUCGAGAAACAGCAAGAAUCAUUGUAAAAUAUAGUUAUGAAAACCAAGACAAGACUAUUAGAAUGAUAUCUAUUGUUGAUGAAAAUCAAUACAAUAUUUCAUUCAUGAAUCUUGCAUUUUAUGAUGCACUGGAAAACGAUUCUAAGCAGAGGCUGAGGGUAGAUCUGGUUGAUGUUCCAAGACCCCAGAAGAGACUAAUGGAAACUGAAUUUUGAAUUCUGUAUUCCGAAAUUUGAUCAAAUCUGUGUACAUAAUUCUCGUGAUUAUUAUAAAGUAAAACAAUUUUAUUUGGAACAUGAAAUCAUAAUAUUCAGUAUAAUUUAAUUUUCUCUUUAUAUU